GCUGUGGUGACGCUUCAACAACACGUUGAGCUAAGUUUUCUAUCAGUGACAGUCUGUUUUAAAUCAUAUAAACGCGUUUAUUGUUUUUUUUCCUUUUCAAAGCGGUGAAUGUUGACCGUACCCUUUGCGGUCGCUGUCUCACGUGACGUCACACUUCAGGACAUGGUUUUUAAUCUGCUUCAUCUGUGGCAGAUAGGAAGGAAGGAAGAAAACACUUGCACUGACAUACGUGAGCCAGAUAAUUAUUAACUGACAUUUCAAAAAAAUGAAGUCUAUGUUGAUAUUUCUGCUACAUGCCAGCGCUUUCUGCUGGCUGGUCGGUGCCACUCUGUCAAAAACGGAUUCAAAGAAGUCGCAGAAAGUUGAAGCGCAGAGUUCUCCAGCUGAAUUGUCUGUGUUGGAGAGAGGCCUUGUUGUGACAGAUGUGCAGUGGAAGGACAUAGUGAAGGAAGAAAAGAGAUACUGUGCUCAUAUCAAGAAGACAUUUGAAGGACCAGUGCUGGGAUAUAUCACGCCUUGGAACUCCCAUGGCUAUGAUAUCGCCAAGCAGUUUGGCUCCAAGCUGUCGUCGGUCUCUCCGGUUUGGCUUCAGCUCCGCCGACGAGCUCCCGGGACGUUUGACGUCACAGGACUCCAUGAUCACGACGUUGGCUGGGUCAAAGCAGUACGCAAGUCAAACAAAAAAGUCAGGAUGGUGCCCAGAGUGUUGUUUGACGGCUGGUCCUACCAGGAUUACAUGAGCGUGUUUGGGAGUGAGGAUGAAAUCGAGGAGCUGUCCGGCGAACUAGUAGAUGUUGCUAAGACAGAGGGUUUCGAUGGAUUUACCCUGGAGCUUUGGAGUCAGCUGGGCGGGAACAAGAGAAAGGAGCUUGUUCAUUUGGUGAAACAUGUGUGUGAGACUUUAAAUGCUAAAAAGUUAGACUGCAUACUAGUUAUCCCGCCAGCUGUGACGAGUUCGGGGAGCCCGGGGAUGUUUGGCAGGGAGGAGUUCGAUGAGUUGGCCCCUGUUGUUGAUGGAUUCAGCCUCAUGACCUACGACUACUCUAGUGGACCCAGACCGGGUCCGAGCUCGCCACUGCCCUGGAUCAGAGACUGUGUUCUGCAGCUUGCACCGAACACUCAGUGGAGACAAAAGAUCCUGCUUGGAGUGAAUUUGUAUGGCCUUGAUUUUUCAAGCCAUGGGACAGAGCCGGUGCUGGGUGGGAGGUACAUUGAGAUUUUGCGAGAACAAAGACCAAAGAUGACCUGGGAUGAAUACUCUGCUGAGCAUCACUUCAGUUACAAAAGAAGCAAUGCUGCAAAGCAUGUGGUGUACUAUCCUUCACUGAAGUCAAUCCACAUGAGGAUUUCUUUGGCUACCGAGCUGGGAACAGGAUUAUCUUUAUGGGAAAUGGGACAAGGACUGGAUUAUUUCUACGAUCUCCUAUAAACGUUGGAGUUUUUUUUUUUUUAUAAAGGAAACAGUGUUUUUGGUGUCUGUACAUUUUUUCUUUUUUUUUUUGCCUCUUUGAACUGGAGAAGGAAAAAAUGCGGCAGAAAAAUAAUCGGUCUGGAAAAUAAUCAGCUGGUUUGAGGGUCAGGAAAACGUGGGCAGCUUGUUUUGAAAAAGCAUUUAAAGAAAACAUUGGUACUUCAGA